AUGGCGAAAAAUCGAGUAAUGAAAGCAACCACAACCACCAUUCUCGUCUUCAAUCUUGAGUUAAUCGGGACCAUGUCAAUGAAAGAACACCACCUGGGUUCCUGUCUGGUGGUGUCUUUGGAGACAUCGUCCAACCAGUUUGAAACAGAGAACAAAAGACCAUCCAUCACCGCCACGCAUCACCCACCAUGCCCUCGAGUCCGAACUGGUUCGGCUGGAGUGGCUGGCACGGCGGGUGACACGGCCGUUCCUGUCUGUGAAGUUGAUCUCCAGCGAGCUUCUAAGAGCAUUCCACUCUCAAACCAUCGGAUCGGGAAGCCAUUUGACAAGCUUUCGUCGACGCCGAAUACGGAACUGGUACGUGGGAUUCAGCAUCUCGGCAAACUUGGAGGAGCCAGUGCCCACAAGCUUCUUCGGAGUGCAUACGAAACUGGACAGAGUUCCAAGCGUAGCAGAAACAGCCGGCUCUCUCUGACAGCUGCGUAUGUGGAGGGAAGUCGACGGAGAAGCCUCAUGUAG